UAAUGAAGUAGUCACGAAUUUUCACUCUUGACGACUGAUGACAGAGGUGGAGGCCGACGGGCGCUACUUUCCUUUACUGUCUAUAGGAAAGGCAGGUUUGCGCCUCGCCGCUUAUAUUGUGCUCCCUCGUGACGACCAAACCGCCUGUCGCGCUCCAUCUUUCUCGGCUACGACUUAUUACACACUCCUUUCAGUAUGGGCUGGGGAUACUUAGCGUUGAGCUACGCCCUGUGGCUGCGCAUUGUCUUGAUAGACUGGGCCGCGGUGUGUCCCGAUUACUCCAAGUACUCUAAACACCCACAUGGACCAAACAGCGAGGGACCUCUGGCACUACCCUUCCAGCGGCCCCAUCCAAAAUGUCGAACGUUCCACUCGGACGCGGUCGAACAGGUCAUCCGCGAUGUCACCUCGCGCAUGAAAGACCCCGACCUCGCACGGCUCUUCGAGAACGCCUUUCCUUCGACGACAGAUACGACGGUCAAAUUUCAUACCGAUGGGACUAAGAAGUUCAAGAAGAAGAGCUCUGGACAGAGCGUACUGGACAAUGGCGCAUGGGAGGGGCCGCAGUCCUUUAUUGUGACGGGAGAUAUCACAGCAGAAUGGCUACGGGAUAGUUGCAACCAAUUAUCGCCCUACAUGCCGCUCGCGAAGAAGGACAAGGCAAUCUUUAACUUGAUACUCGGCGCCGUCAAUACCCAAGCGGAGUAUGUGAUCCAGUCGCCCUACUGUAACGCUUUCCAGCCACCGCCCAUCUCGGGGCUCAAGGUCUCGUUCAACGGUCAAGACGAUAUCGUCCAUCCGGCUUACGAGCCAGCUGUCGUCUUCGAGUGCAAGUACGAGCUCGAUUCUCUUGGUCAUUUCCUGACCCUGUCCAACAACUUCUACGAAGCCACCGGGUCUCUCGAUUUUGUGACUUCGCGCUGGCUCCUGGCCCUGGACACGGUGCUGAAGGUGCUUCAGCAGCAGAGCAUGUCUACCUUCAACCCCAAGACCGGGCAAUUCCAGAGGAACCAGUACACUUUCAAGCGUCAAGCAUGGACGGGAACCGAGACGCUGAACCUGGACGGAGUGGGGAACCCGCUGAACAACGGCACGGGCCUCGUCCGCAGCGCCUUCAGGCCCAGCGACGACGCGACCAUACUAGGCUUCUUCAUCCCGGCGAAUGCCAUGAUGGCAGUCGAGCUUAAGAGGGCGGCUGCUGUCCUCAAGGCUGCCAGCGACGAUGAACGGGCACAGAAGCUCGAGCAAUGGAGCAUGACGAUCACAGACGGGAUCUGGGAGCACGGCGUGGUCCAGCACGCAAAGUUCGGACGGGUCUUUGCGUACGAGGUAGACGGGUAUGGUUCGUCCAUUUUGAUGGACGAUGCCAACUAUCCAAGUCUGCUGGCCCUGCCUCUCAUGGGCUUUGUGCCGUCGGACGAUGAGGUGUAUCAAAAUACACGCAAGAUGUUGCUGAGCAGGACAUCAAACCCGUACUAUCUGGUGGGAAGGGAGUUUCAAGGCAUCGGCGGUCCGCACAUUGGCCUCUCGAACGCGUGGCCAAUGAGCCUCCUCAUCCAGGCACAGACAAGCCAGGACGACGAUGAGAUUGCGGGCUGCCUGGACUUUGUCCUCAAAUCCGCCAAGCUUGGCCUGAUACACGAGAGUAUUGAUGUCAACAGCCGGGCUUCCUAUACCAGAAGCUGGUUUGCCUGGGCAAAUGGUGUUUUCGCCGAGACCAUCUUGGACCUAGCCAAACGGAAACCGCAUCUGAUAUUGAAGGAUUCGACACCAUAUGAGUUAUAGAAGAAUGAGGAGGGCAAAAAGCGUUGUGAAAGGGGUGCAUGAGCAUGGAGAUUGAUUAGACGUUUGCACCAUGUAUUUCUUAGCAGCUGUUCUAGCGAUAUCCUUGAAUACCCCAUGAAGCGUUUUG